AGCGCGCGCUACAGUUCCGUCAUUUACACCUAAUUAUUAUUAUUAUUAUUAUUAUAAUUAUUAAUGUUAAUGACUCAGUAAUAAAGCAGCAGAGUUUAUUUUACCCUUCACUUCCCACCGCGGAGCUCCGCUUAUACCGGGGGAGGAAGGUGAAGGUGUUGUGACGUCAUGAUGAUGAUGAAGAGUGAGCAGAAUGAAGAAGAUCUGUAAACAACAUGGAGGAAGUGAUGAUGGACAACACUGAUACCGACACAACACCAGGUCUUCAUGACUCUGAAAAUGGACCUAUGUUUGGACCGUGUUCUUCAGAGAACCUUCACGGUGUGUGUGUCAGUUCCAAACUGCCGUACUGCCAACCCACCUCCGGGUCAGAAUCUCUGCGUGGCACCUCCUGUGGUGAGGAGGAGCAGUACAGCCCGGGAUCGGAGGACUCGGGGAUCCCGACGCUGGAGCUCAGCGCCUCUGAGGAUGCCCCUCACCUUCACAUCACCGCCGAGGCGAGAGCUCCAACACACCGGGACGCUCCGGCCACUCUAAAGCUGGAGACGACGGGCGGAGGCGGAGCUUCGAGCCAUCGGGACUCCACCUCGGUCUGCAGCACCUCCAGUCUGAGCACGGAACUUUCCACCACGCUGUCUCUGGGGAACGACGACCACGCCGACUUCGUGGUGACGUCAAACUCGAGCGCUGUCGUUGACUUUCAGGAUUUUGUUGAGAGCCCCAAGUUCUCCAAAGCCCCGCCCAUUAAUGACGGAGCUUUCGAUCAUUUACAGCAUCCGCCGCAGCGGCAGAGUGAGGUCACGCCGAGGAGAGCCAGUCCCAUCGCGGACUUCUUCAACAGCGUGUUCUCUAAGAAGAUCAGGGACGCGGAUGGUCAGGAGCCUCACGCAGAGACGAGCUGGAAUAUUUUCAGCAGAGCCUCACGCAGAGACACCAAGAGAGCGGUGAAGGAAAAUGAAAAAGCCGGAGGCUCUGCAUCUCCCAGACAGAGGAGUUUAAGGAGGAACCUGGAGUUUGAGCCGCUUUCCACCACCGCUCUCAUUCUGGAACACAGACCGGCGAACCUCCCAGCAAAGCCUGAAGAAGAAGCUCAGAAGCACCAGCAGCAGUACGAGGAGAUGGUGGCUCAGGCCAGGAAGAGAGAGCUGAAGGAGGCUCAGAGGAAGAGGAAGCAGCUGGAGGAGCGGGCGCGGUUAGAGGAGAGCAUCGGCAACGCAGCGCUCACCUGGAGUCAGGAAAUUCUGCCCGACUGGAACAGCAUGCACUGUACCCGGCGGGUGAGGGAUUUGUGGUGGCAGGGUAUCCCCCCCAGUGUGAGGGGGCGAGUGUGGAGUCUGGCUAUAGGGAACGACCUCAACAUCACACUCGAGCUGUACGACAUCUGUUUGGCGAGGGCGAAGGAGAAGUGGAGCACUUACCCAUCAGUCACCACCACAGACUCCAACGCUGGAGAUACCGGCUCGUCUUGUGCUGAUCGUGAGGCCAGUUUGGAGCUGAUCAAGCUGGACAUUUCCAGGACCUUCCCCAACCUGUGUAUAUUCCAGCAGGGAGGACCAUACCACGACGUUUUGCACAGCGUUCUUGGAGCGUACACCUGUUACCGUCCUGAUGUGGGAUAUGUGCAGGGGAUGUCCUUUAUUGCAGCAGUGCUGCUCUUGAACAUGAACACCUCCGAUGCCUUCAUCGCCUUCACCAACCUGCUGAACAAACCGUGUCAGAUGGCCUUCUACAGAGUCGACCACAGCCUGAUGCUGACGUAUUUCGCUGCGUUCGAAGUGUUUUUUGAGGAGAACAUGCCAAAGCUGUUUGCACAUUUUAAGAGUAACAACCUAACGCCUGAUAUUUAUUUAAUUGACUGGAUCUUCACGCUCUACAGUAAGUCUCUCCCGCUGGACGUGGCGUGCCGCGUCUGGGAUGUGUUUUGUCGGGACGGCGAGGAGUUCCUCUUCCGGACGGCUCUGGGGAUCCUGCGCUUCUACUGCGACGUCCUCAUGAAAAUGGACUUCAUCCACAUGGCGCAGUUCCUCACCCGCCUCCCGGAGCAAAACUCCAGCCACGCCCAGUCGCACACGCUGUUCUCCUGCAUCGGCAGCAUGAGCAUGACCUGCAGGAACAGGACGUGGACACAGGUGCUCCAGACUCUACAGAAGGAACCGGAACAUUCCAGUCCGGUGCUGAACCUGAAGCACUGACGGCGGAACCCGAACGCUCGGUGUGUGGAACCUGUACGUUCCGUCUCCGGGACCUGAGCAGAAACGAUGGACUCAGGCUCUUAGGCUCCGAUUCUACGCUCCCUGGCCACUUCAUUAGGAACGCCUUCAUGAUUAUGAGUUGGGUAUCCAUGUGUAGAUGAGAUCCAUCUUAUCCUCGUCAACAAGGUUCUUCCGCCUGCACAGCUGACGCUCACUGGAUGUUUUUUGUCUGUGUAAGACUGUUGUGCUGACACUUUCAUGCCGUCCUACAUCCAAUCCCCCGACGACACGUGUACCUCUUCUUUUCACCUGCUACGACCGGGCUCAUAUGGCAGUCUGUAUGGCACACUGAUCUCCGUUAUCCCCCGUCUCUGUGCAGCGCCUCGAUCAGCCAGCAGAGGUCACGAUCGCAUAUUUGCACUCGUACGAGCCGACCGCUGUCUGUCGGUCAGUAGCAGAACUGAGAUUCGAACUUGUGUGAUUACGUUGUACAGGUGUUCCUAAUAAAGUGGCCGGUGGGUGGACUUGUUACUAUGCACAUGUGAACCCAGGAAGCUGCUACACAAAGAAACGCUGUAUUUAUAACAAUAAUAAUAAUAAUAACAAUAAUAAUAAUAUUGUUUUCCAAUCGUCUACAGUCCCGUCGUUAGAAACGGAAGAACGUCGUGUCACUUCUUUCACAAGUACCAUGACGACGGCCUAUAAUAAAGAUCAAAGCAAACUGUUUGCAUUGUACAAAGAUACCCGACUGGUAGAAGCAUGUCUAGACAUCUGCAACGGCCAAAAGUAUGUGGACGCUUGACCGUGAGCUUGUUGUACAUCCCAGUCGAUAAUACUGAAUAGUAUUAAAUGCUUCCCACAAGAUUGGACAGUGGUGGCCUCGUAGGUCGAGCAAUUGAGGGUUAA